CGCAGACCGGCAGACGUCCCGGACAAUCCUUAAAAAAUCGCGAACAUGUCUCACUUAAUAAUGGUAAUACAGAACAUGUGAUCGACAAAAAUCUCAGACAUGUCCUGGAAUGUCCGUGUCUGCCCGAUUUUGGCGGACAGUAUUCACUGUACAACACUGAGAGAAGGGAAGAG